AACCUGGCAUCGUUUCAAUUGAAGUUUAUCCGUUACAUCGUGUGCGUGUUUCUCGAUGCUAUCAUUUUUCAUUUCGUCAUGCAUUUCUUGCCGUAAAUCGACAAGCUAAUUAAAUGUAAAUACAACUUCUGCACGUACCAUAUCUGCAAUACAGAGUAUUUAGCAGAACGCACGAAGCGGACGAGAGGAGAAGGAAAGGGGAAUUUUAUUGUAUGUCGACGAAGAGGGGAAGGGAUGAUCACUGAGCCUCUUCGAAUUCGAUGUGGGCGCAUUAAGAAACGAUCAACGCACGCGAUUACACGUCGAUGCAUGCAUGUAACGUGCGUGCUCGCCAAUCCGUCUAAUCCGUGAAAUGUUACCACCUAAUGCGACUGAGUCAAUCUUACUAAUAUUUGCCAGAUUAUUUGAAUAUUAAACGUGAACAUAGUGAACAUCGAGGCAUUGUGGCAUCGCAACGUGUCUCGCAAAUACGCAAAAUAAAGGAAAAAGACAGAGAGGGAGAGAGGGAAAGAGAGAGGGAAAGAGGGUGAGAGAGGAGGGAGACAUCGUGGCGAUUCGACCGCGCUUGUGACCGAGUGCGCUAUUGUGUCGUAAUAAUGAGUAAGGACGAGUACGAGAGUUUACCGACGACCUCGGUGGCCGUGAACAUGACGGCCGGUGCCGUGGCUGGAAUUAUGGAACAUUGCGUCAUGUAUCCUUUCGACAGUGUCAAGACAAGGAUNCAGGCACUAACACCCGGCCCGGGAGGAGGAGGAGGAAUAGGAAAAGUAAUGUACAAAAUGAUACAACAAGAAGGUGUAUUAAGACCAAUCAGAGGUGUGAAUGCAGUGGUUUUCGGAGCUGGACCUGCGCAUGCUUUGUAUUUCUCUUGUUACGAAUGUCUUAAGGAGAAGUUUAAAAGUGCGAGACCUCCAAUCAACCAUUUCGUUUAUGGAGCUGCUGGUUGCGUAGCAACGAUUCUGCAUGAUGGCGUCAUGAAUCCGGCAGAAGUGGUGAAACAACGGUUGCAGAUGUACAACUCCCCCUAUAGGGGCGUAUUAAAUUGUAUACAAAAUGUGUAUCAAAAAGAAGGGAUAUCUGCAUUUUACAGAAGCUAUACGACUCAAUUAGCCAUGAAUGUGCCUUUUCAAACUAUUCAUUUUAUUUCUUAUGAAUUCGCACAGUCUGUCACUAAUCCGCAUCGUAUCUACGAUCCAGCAGCACAUAUUGGAUCUGGUGCAGCGGCGGGCGCAAUUGCAGCCGCAGUGACAACGCCACUGGACGUUUGUAAGACGGUACUAAAUACGCAGCAAGACGGUGCGAAGGCUCAAGGAAUGAUGGAUGCAUUUAAGCAGAUUUACAGGCAUAGCGGUAUAAAAGGAUAUUUCCGUGGUUUGUUCGCUCGUGUUUUAUUCCAAGCACCAGCCACUGCCAUUUGUUGGAUGAUAUACGAAUCGUUUAAAUACGGACUACAUGGCCAACGAGAUAAGGAGCAUGACGACACUGAUACAGACAACGGCGGGACCGGAAUAAACCAGAAUCCUUCAAUGCUCGCAUCAAGAUCUAAUAGCUUUCAAGGCGCAGGUCUGUACUUCAACAAUCACACCUCGUCACCCGUAUUACUUAAAGUGACUACGAGUUAGAUAUGCGAGAAAUUGCACUAACAAUGAGCGAUCGUUCUCGAGAGAAAGAGAGAAAGAGAGGGGGGGAGGGGGAGAGAGAGAAAGAAAGAGAGUGAGUGAGUGAAGUGCAGAAAAGCAUAUGUAGAAGAGCAGGAAAGAGAGAAAGAGAGAGAGGACUAUCGUAUUUUCUAUACUACGAAAGUUUACCAACAAUGAAUAGUAUUACGUUGAUUCGUUUUAUUACACAGCGACAUUUUUAUGUACGUAUAUAAAUCGCUAAAUGAGAAAGCCCCAAUAUUUAUAGAAGGAUGAUGUCGAACGAAGAUAUAGAACAAAUCUUAAUAAAUUGACAUGCCAGAUAAUUUCUUAAAUAAUGAUUAUUAGCACAUUGCUUCGUAUAAUAAUAUCAAUGUUACAUUCUACAGCAGAUGAAAAUCUUACGUUACAGUCCGUAUCUGGUUUUAACUUAUUUGGCUUCUAACUGUGACCGAUAAAAAUGUUUCAUUUCAACAGGCAGAAAUGAAAUAGAAGAAAAUUUGAUUUUGUCAUGCUUCAUAUUAUCAUAUUUUAUAAGUUUUCAAUAAAUACAUUCUCAGGCAUAUUUUCGAGAUCGGUAUGAGAAUAUAGUAUUGCUUUAACCGCACAAAGGGAUUUUAUUGCUUGGUAACUCUAUAAAUUUGGUAUUGUAUAAAAUAAUCAUUAAUCAUUCUUCAUGCCGUUGGCUGUCAAUCAAUAUGUAAAAAAUUCAAAUAAAAUGUUACUAUCUAUUGUACUAUUCAUAUGGAGUAUCAAUGAUAGGAGUUUUUGGCAAAGUGAUAUAAUGUUAUUCUGAGUGUAAAAAUUUACCUCCGUUAUCUACCAGCUACAUAAUAUAUUCCCGCGUCUAUUUAUAAUCCAAUUUAUAUGCUUUACUUACACUCUAAUGUGUAUAUAUUUAGCUUAUAUAAAUAAAUAUUUGAAUAUAUUUUAUUAAUAAGUCGCUUAGCGUUGGUAAAAUUGAAUAUGAAUUGAAAUACUAAUGAUAAUACUUAUCGUUUAAAGGGUGUCAAGCAAAUUUCUGCUAUACAGAUGGACCUACGCUUGUUUAGCAAAUAGAACCGUUGCCAGUGAAAGCGUGACGUUAAAAAACGUAUUAUGCCGCUUCAUACUUUUCUAGUUUGGAAAUACAAUAUUUUGGAACAGGAAAAUGGGUUCAAUGCUCCACUUGAAUAGUGAAAAUAGAUUACGCACAUAGCAUAAUUAGAUUGCGGCCCACUAUAAUGUACCAUUGUACCAUUAAGUAAGUUAAGAAAACGGUGGGAUGCAUGCAAGAAUUUCAUUGAUAAUAAGCUACAUCUUAGAAAAUAAUUAAAUUUACACGAUUAAUGAAUGCAGGAUAAUUUUGCAAAAUUAAUUUUGCAAAAGCAAAAUUAGACAGCCUACAAUCAUUGACGGAAUAUUAUGAUAUCGUUCAAUAUUUGACAUCACAAGAUUAUUAAAAAUAAUUAAAGAAAACCUUUAAUGUGUAAAAUAUAACGUCAUUGGAAUAUAGCGAUAUAACAUUUUUCCAAAUUGUAGAUAUAAAUACGAAUUAGAAUUAAAGCUCCGGAGGUAAUCUCUGUGACUAUCCCUGUUUAAAGCUCCUGGAUAUUUACUUUGGUUAUCCUUCUUUAAUGACGUCAGAAGCGAGGAAAAUCACGUCAAUUUAUGCAACGGUAUGUGAGGAAAUCAAAGAAUGUAUGCACAAAAUAACACUCGUGAUCUAUUCAGCACACUUGUAAAAAUGUCCGAACAUUCCCUCAAUCUGAACAUUAAUAAAUAGUCGUAAAUUAGCGUAACUUACGUUUUUAACCUAUCUUUUCGCAUGAUUUCUGUUACGUUAAUUUUACAGCUUAUUUAUUAAUUGUUCAGGUUGAUAGAAAACGUCCAGAUAUUUUUACAAGUGUGCUGAAUCGAUCACAAGUGUUAUUUUGUGCAUAUAUCAUUUUAUUUCUGCAUAUACCGCCACAUAAAUUGCCAUGAUUUUUCUCGUUUCUGACAUCAUUAAAGAAGGGCAGUCAAAGUGAAUAUCCGGGAGUCUUAAUGACGUCAAAAGUGAGAAAACUUAUUAACACAGAUUUUUUGCAUAAUAUUUUCAAAUAAAAAGAUGUAUUCACAAAGUGACAUUUGCGAUUGGUUAGACACAUUUGUAAAAUUGGACGGACACUUUUACUCGAAUCAACAAAUAGUCGUAAAAUUAAUAAAGAGAAACGAAGGUUUAGAACUUAAAAAGACCAUUUACUGAUUAUCCAAGUGCAAGAAAAGUAUUUGCCUAAUUUUACAAGUGUACUGAAUCGAUAUUACAGAUAUCAUUUUGUGGAUACCAUUUUUACUUGAAAAUAUGACGCAAAAAAUUUUAGCAUGCGGUUUUCUCACUUUUGACGUCAUUAACCAGUUAACUGUGGCGAUCUAAAGUAAAGCGCCCACCAGUGUGUGUCGCGAUAAUCAAGCGAUGACGGGUAUAGUCGUCAAACACAGAGUAAGUGGCGCUGUUGAAAUAUUAGGUCAAAAAGACGACUUUAUUUUACAAAAUGAACAAUUUUAUUAGUAAUAUUUACACAGUCACUCAACAUGAACAUAUAUUUACACAUUA